AUGGGGAGAGCCUGGGAGAGACUCGUCAGGUCGAUUAAGGUUGCUCUGGCCGCAAUCCAGGACGGAAGCCAAAAACUGGACGACGAAUCUUUGGUGACCUUUUUAGCGGAAGCGGAAGGUAUUGUCAACAGCAGACCACUAACAUAUCUGCCUCUGGAUUCGGUGGAACAGGAGGCACUAACCCCAAACCACUUUUUAUUGGGCAGUUCGUCGGGGGUUCGUUUGCCAGUUGUGCCAACAGUCAACGAAGUUUCUCUUAUGAAAGGUUCGUGGACAGCCAUUCAAAGAUACCUAGAUGCAUUCUGGAAACGGUGGACUAGGGAAUAUCUCCCUACUCUAACGAAACGCACGAAAUGGUUCGGCGAUGUAAAACCUGUCAAACCCGGCGACCUGGUACUGAUAAUCGAUGAUACUAAGCGAAACGGGUGGAUACGUGGACGGGUGCUAGAAGUAUUGACUGCAGCGGACGGACGUGUACGUCAAGCUAUGGUCCAGACUGCAGGAAGCGCUCUGACUAGGAAACCUGUUUCGAAACUGGCGGUCCUGGAUGUAUCGAAGGUUGCUGGAACCGAGAACAUCGUGGGUUCCACCAGGGGGGAGGAUGUUGCUAAACUGGCAACCCCGCCAGAUCAAACAAUGACUCGUAAAAUGACAUCGAAACGGCAGAACGACGAAAACAACGUCAUGCAGUAG